CUGGGUCAGAGGGAUGAAAGGGGGUGAGCCCUGCUGGUGCUGCCCCGCCCCCCGCCACCCUGCUGCCCGCAGCAAACUCUUGCACAAGGACCCCAGGCUCCCAGGCCCCAGGAGAGCUGUGCGCGCUGCAGAGGAGCAGAGAGGAGAGGAGAGGAGCACCAGAGAAGCCAUGAUACUUGCGUGGACGCGUCAGGGUGCGGGGCGGGGCUCCCGGGCCCUGAGCGGACUGUGGCUGUGGACAGCGCUCUGCUGCGGUAUGCCCUGGUGCUAUUUCUUGGCAUAUCAUGGGACUGACUGCUGGACUUACCAUUAUUCUGAAAAACCUAUGACCUGGGAAAAUGCUAGAAGGUUCUGCCAAGAAACUUACACAGAUUUAGUUGCCAUACAAAAUAAGGCCGAGAUUGAGUACCUAGAAGGGACCCUGCCCUUCAGCCGAUAUUACUACUGGAUAGGCAUCCGGAAGAUCGGACAGACAUGGACGUGGGUGGGGACCAACAAGUCUCUCACUGAAGAAGCAGAGAACUGGGGGGCGGGGGAGCCCAACAACAAGAAAUCCAAGGAGGACUGCGUGGAGAUCUAUAUCAAGAGGGAAAGAGACUCAGGAAAGUGGAAUGAUGAUGCCUGCCACAAACGCAAGACAGCCCUGUGCUACACAGCUUCCUGCGGGUCCCAGUCAUGCGGUGGUCGUGGAGAAUGUGUCGAAACCAUCAAUAACCACACCUGUAACUGUGAGCCGGGGUACUACGGACCCGAGUGCCAGCUUGUGGUCGAGUGUGAGCCUCUGAGCGCCCCAGACCUGGGCACCAUGGACUGUGUCCACCCUUUGGGAAACUUCAGCUUCCGCUCCCAGUGUACCUUCCUCUGCACGGAGGGGACAGAUCUAAUCGGGGCUGAAGAGACCAGCUGUGGACCCCUGGGGAACUGGUCAUCUCUAGAACCAACCUGUCAAGAGACAGGCCGGACUUUCUCAGUGGCCAGCGAAGGUGGCUACAACCCCCUCUUCAUUCCAGUGGCGGUCAUGGUCACGGCCUUCUCUGGACUGGCAUUUAUCGUUUGGUUGGCGAGACGACUGAGAAGAGGCAAGAAAUCUCAGGAAAGGAUGGAUGACCCAUACUAGUCUGUCGAUGGUGAAGGAAAAUUCUUAAGCUACGAGAAAAAUCACUGGGAAAUGACUUACAUCUUUCCACGGUAUCUUGUGAAGAGAAAGUGUUUCCUUCGGUGCACUUGGGAGAUUUCUUCAUGACCAACAGCCCCUUCUGUUCCCCUUUGGACCUUUAUUCAUUCUCCUACUCACAACCCACAGUUGAUCUUACAUAGCUCUGUUUUUCAUCAUCUUUUCUAGGGAGAAACAAAUGAGACCAGACUAGAAAGGAGGGGAAAGAUUUCUAUGGAAUAUAAAGAUGUCGAACUUUGCUCUUUCCUAUUUCUUAUUUCAAGUGCCAUUUCAAUAAUGUACUCAAUAAUAAAGGUUAUUAUGAUCCUGUAUAUAA